AUGCCUACUUCUCCCCAACCAAGAGACGCCGCUGCACAGACCGAUGAAGACAUAUUCUUCGAUGCUCCCGAGGAAUUGUUCGAGGACGCCUUAGAGAGCCAGAAUGGUGAAGAGAUCAAAUGCAUCGAUAAACAUGCAUACCUUGCCAAUCCAGACAAAGACCACUAUCCCGAUCUUCCAGCAUAUUCUCUGCAACGCGAUAUCGAGAAGUUCUAUUUGGGGAAACCAGCCCCCUUUGAAGUGGAAGAUCCUGAGUUUGCAAUGCUUCUGGGGGUGGAGGAUUGUCUCAUCAAUUUACAACAAACUUAUGAGAUGAAGAUGAAGAAGGAAGAUAGCAAGUUCCGACGCAUCAUGGCUCUAUAUGAGAAAGUUACCAAUCGUCCACAUGAUCCUUCUAGGAUGCUUACACCCAAAGCUCGCAAGAAGGAGAGAACACUUUAUGUCAGACGCCUGAACGAAAUUACAAGAGUUCAGAAACUCAUGGACAGAGAGUAUCUGGUUGAGUUUAGGGAAAUCAAAAAGGACGCAGUUGCCAUCAUGGAUAGAUGGCAUGCAAAACAAAGUUCGCUAGCCGCAGUCCCUCACAAGCUGGUCGUUGAAGAACAUAUUCGCUGGACAUUGCUCAGACAAAAGCAACUUGAGUACAUUCACGAUAAGACGAAGAAUCUGGUCAAUGACCAAGCCAACCAAAUUCGAGGACUUGAGUAUGCACUUGCAGUAGCCCAGCAGGCAGCCGCGGCUACUCCGUUCAUCUAUCUCAAAACAAGUAGUAUGAUCCAAGAACAAGUUUUGGCUGAGGCAAAUAACAUGACCCCAGAACAAAUUCUAGCUGACGCAUAUAAGAAAAUGGUCAAUCAGCGACAAAUGAACCACGGCGGUCAGAAUGCUGUACAGCCCAAUGCAGAUAUUGCACAAGUCGAUGAUGUUGCAAUUUUAAAUAGGCAAGAGCAACUAAGUGCGGGAGAAGACUUGGCUCAAGCUCAGCAGCCACACGGUCUCCAGAACCAAGGUAAACCGGAGCUCGUGGCUGAUUCUGGAGAAGUUGGCCCAUCUACAAUCCCAGAUCGUCAACAAGAAGCCCUCGAGGAUACUAACAUUCCUCAAUCACAGCAACCAUCGAAUUUCCAAUAUCAAGAACGUUCGAAAGUCCUAGCAAAUACUAAGAACCAUGACGAUGAUACCAUAUCAAAUGGUCAAACGGAGAUGAUCGAAGAAGGAGAAAUUGCUGGAGUAGAGCAGCCAGUUGAAAUUCAACAGCAGGAGAUUCCAGAGCCAGAUACAAAUUUGCCUCAGGAUCAGUCCAACCUCAUGACACCCAAUGGCCAAGAGCAGCCAAUCGCUACUGGAGCCAACAUUUCUCAAGGACAGGAAUAUUCCAACAGCCAGUCAAUCCACUACCGACCCCCCCCUCUAGAUGCUGCAGUCCCGAUUAUUCCAAAUCGACAGAUGAAACAACACAGUUACGUUCAUUACAUGGAAUACGAGGGUGCUCCAGGUCGAAUGUACGCCGUACAUUCCAGCGACCCAGUCAAGAAAGCAUGGGCCAGAAAGAUGGUGGAUUUAGAUUUUGAAAAGAAACAGAGAGAUAUAGUAGAUGAAAUUAUGAAGACAGGAAGAAACGAGGUUGCGUUGAAGAAGUGGUCCGAGACAGUCAGUCGUCUUACGGCAGGGGUCUCAUCAAAUCGCCGGGCUACCAAGCACAAUAUCCAAGACUUCGACGAAAACGAAGAAUCUGACGAUGAAUUUGGCCGCAAGCGCACUUUUGGCACAUACGAAGAAGACGAGGAAUUUGAGGAAGAACAUAGCAGAAAGCGUGUUUGUCCAAUUACACAGAUCCCUUGCCCUACUUUAGUGCGUUCACGUGUUUUUGAACCCACACCAGAAGAUUCCGGUGAUGAGGAUAUGUGGGAGGAACCAGCUACUGGAUAUUUUGGCCAUGAUGGCGUGUACUAUGACCCAGAUGGACGAUGCCAAAACACGCAGGCUUAUGCUGGACAAGAAUAUUUCGAUCCUGAUGUCAACGAUGAAGGCUACCCUGUCCGCCAGUAUACCCCACCUCCAUCUCAACAGCGAAGCCCAAGCCCUCAAAGUGCUCCGGCUUCAAGAAUCAGAUCAUACUCUUCGAGAUACACUGCCACUAAGCGCAAUAGUCUAGCACCUGCUAGUCUUAGCAGGCAGAGAAUGCUACGAAGUCAAUGGAGUCAAUUGCAGAAUAACCGAACUACUCAAAGAUAG